CAGAAGAGAGACAUUAAAGUGAAAGGAGUGAGAGUUGUUUGGAGUGCGUGAUACCUUCCGUUUAUCUUCUUCCUCUUCUUCUUCUGUGUGCAAUAAAGGCAAAACCUAAAUUUUGGUUUAGGCAUAGGAAUCAGUGUUGAUCUGGUAUGGAGGGAGCAUCGUGGAACAGCAGUGUUUGUGUGGCACCGUUUCUGAGCAAAACCUACGACAUGGUAGACGACCCCUCCACCGAUUCCGUCGUGUCGUGGGGCGAACACAACAACACCUUUGUUGUCUGGAACGUUCCCCAGUUCGCCACAGACAUCUUGCCCAAACAUUUUAAGCAUAACAACUUCUCCAGCUUCGUCAGACAGUUGAAUACUUAUGGUUUUAAGAAGGUUGAUCCAGAUCAAUGGGAAUUUGCAAAUGAAGGAUUUUUAAGAGGGGAAAAACAACUUCUAAAAAGUAUUAGUAGGCGUAAAUCUGCCCAUAUAAAUGGUAGUCAGCAACCAUCUCAAGUGCAAAAAUCAGCUGUUAGAGCAUGUGUCGAGGUGGGAAAAUUUGGGAUUGAGGAAGAGGUGGAAAUACUGAAAAGGGAUAAGAAUGUUCUUAUGCAGGAACUAGUUAGGUUGAGACAGAAACAGCAAGUGACUGAUAACCAGUUGCAAAAUGUUGGGCAACGCGUGCAGUCAAUGGAGCAGCGCCAGCAGCAAAUGAUGUCAUUCCUAGCAAAGGCCAUGCACAGCCCUGGCUUCUUAGCUCAAUUUGUACAGCAGCAGAAUGAAAGUAAGAAACAUAUCACCGGGGCUAAUAAAAAGAGGAGGCUCCACAGUCAGGAGAAGGAUAAUUUAACCACCAACAGUCUCCAUAGUGGUCUUGAUGGACACGUAGUCAAGUACCAGAGUUCCAUAAACAAUGCUGCAAAAUCAUUAUUUCGCCAGAUAUUGCAGAUAAACAAUUCUACCGCAACCCAAUCAUCAAUUAAGAACCCUGAUGUUUUUCUCAUUGACGAUAUCCCUUCUACCAUUGCAUCAGAUAGCAGCAGUUCAUCCACUCAGGUUUCUAAUGUGACCCUUUCUACUGUUCCUCCUGUUUCUGAACUAACAAGUAUGGAAGUAGACUCCCAGUUUCCCGUCAAUUGUAUGCCCAGUAUAUCCGAGGUGCAAUCUUCACCUGCUGUCUUGGGCUUUUGUCAGAGUCAAGGGGUGGAAGCUGCAAGCAGUUUAUUGAAUCAUAAUCUGAAUGGUGUGGAGGGGAACAUGGCGGAGAUAGAUGUGUCAUCUGUUUUGGAUGGACCGCACACUGUAGAAGCUGGUUAUUCUUCACCCGAUGCAGAUGGAAUUUCCCAACUCCCUGAUAUCGAUGAUGAGUUCUGGGAGUUGUUUUUCAGGCCAAGCCCACUUACAGGAGACGCAGAGGAAAUUAAAUUUAGCACUCUAGGAUGUGGUCUGACUGAAGACCAGGGUUUGCCUUUGGAAAGGGAAAAUGAGAAGAAAAAUGUUGAUAAGAUGCAGCAUGUUGACAAUCUUACUAAACAGAUGGGACUUCUUGCAUCAAAGUCCUAAUUGUGUAGAUAUGUUUCUUGCAACUGAAGGUUUAGGUCCUUUGCUGCUGAGCAGACAAAGUCAUCUUACAUAUGUAUACAUAAAGAAAGCUGACAGAUAUCAUCCAACAACUUGAUCAGUGCCUUUUCUUUUAUCUGGCUGAAAUGUCGUGUGCUUUGGUUGUGAUUAGGGGCUUAAAAACACGAAGCUACGAAACUUCAUAUAUAUCCUAUGUAUUUUGAAUUUUGGCUAUUGUGCCACUAGUUUCCAAUACUAGCUUGCUGCUGCUUUCCUUUA